GACCCUCAGCAAAGACUCAUGUUGGAAGUCGCACGCGAGGCUUUUGAAGAUGCUGGCGUGACAAAUUGGAGAGGCAAGACGAUCGGCACCUAUAUUGGUAAUUUCGGGGAAGACUGGCUGGAGAUGUUUGGGAAGGAAACCCAGCCAUGGGGGAUCCAUCGUAUUUCCGGAUCAGGGGACUUUGUUGUCGCUAAUCGGCUCUCAUAUGAGUUUGACCUACAAGGGCCAAGGUAUAAUAUUCCUUUAGAAGAUGAUUCCCCACAAUGGCUUGGUGCUAACACCGUUGAAUAGUAUGACAAUUCGUACAGCUUGUUCAUCCGCCCUAGUGGCUCUGAACGAGGCCUGCGCUGCGAUUAACAGAGGUGACUGUGAAUCCGCUCUAGUGGGUGGUGUCAAUCUAAUCCUCGCACCCGGAAUGUCGAUGGCAAUGCAGGAACAAGGGGUUCUAUCUAGUGACGGCUCAUGCAAGACCUUCUCUGCUGACGCCAAUGGGUAUGCCCGUGGAGAGGCGGUGACAGCCAUAUUUAUUAAGCCAUUGGCAGAUGCCCUGAGGGAUGGCAAUCCAGUUCAUGCGGUCGUGAGAGCAACAUCCCACAAUGCGGACGGAAAGACCCCUACACUGUCGCAACCUAGCACGGACGCACAGGAGGCUCUAAUGAGGAGGGCAUAUGAGCUGGGAGGUAUUACUGACUACACGGAAACCGCCAUGGUCGAAUGCCACGGCACAGGUACACCAACUGGGGACCCUAUCGAGGCGAGAGCUGUGGCGCGGGUCUUUGGGGACAAAGGCGUCUAUAUAGGCUCCGUCAAGCCGAAUCUCGGGCACACAGAAGCUGCAUCCGGCCUUGUAUCACUAUUGAAGAUGGUGAAAGCACUCGAGCAUCGUACUAUCCCCCCCAACAUCAAAUUCACUAGCCCCAACCCGAAUAUUCCGUUCGUGGACGGUAAGCUCACGGUCCCUAUCGAGGCACUUCCUUGGCCGAAAGAUAGACUCGAACGGGUCAGUGUGAAUUCAUUUGGCAUUGGUGGCGCAAACGCCCAUGUCAUUCUAGAAUCCGCUGCCACCUAUAACGUUCCGGCUGCAGUUCACGAAACGCCGGAGACACCGCAACUUUUGUUGUUUACAGCCAACUCGCCGAAGUCAAUCACAAGGGUGAUCGACAACUACAAGCAAUGGGUGGAAAAAAAUCCGGACAAAGUCAGUGAUCUGGCCUACACCUUGGCAAGGAGAAGGGAGCACUUGCCUUACCGCGCUUUUGCUAUUGCCAGGAAUGGUGUGGUUGAAAGCGUUUCACAACCUGCAAACUCCAAGUCUGCGAAGCCACCAAGCGUGGUUAUGGUCUUCACUGGUCAGGGCGCACAAUGGCCCCAGAUGGGACGGGAGCUGUUGCGGUCGAAUGAGGUAUUCAGAUCUAGGAUCCGAUCUCUCGAUCAACACCUGCAGACCAUUGCCGGGGAGAAACCUCAGUACUCGAUCGAAGAGGAGCUCAAGAAGACAGCUAAAAAGAGCCGUCUGUCAUUGGCCGAGUUCUCUCAACCCCUUUGCACUGCUAUUCAGAUUGCACUGGUCGACACUCUCAAGUCCGCAGGGAUUCUCCCAGACGCAGUCGUGGGCCAUUCCAGUGGUGAGAUUGCUGCAGCAUACGCCGCCGGGGCUCUCAAAGCUGGUGAGGCUAUCACUGCUGCCCAUCACCGUGGGGCAAUUACAAGCAGACAGAAGAGAGCAGGGACAAUGGCUGCUGUUGGAAUGAGCUGGGCAGAAACCGAGAAGUACCUCGUCCCAAAUGUGACCAUUGCCUGUGACAACUCACCUAAAAGUGUUACAAUCUCAGGUGAUGUUGACGCUGUGAAAUGUGUUGUUGCUGCUAUCAAAGAGGCACAGCCACAGGUACUGGCUAGACAGCUCCAGGUUGACAAGGCUUAUCAUUCGUUCCAUAUGAAAGAGAUCGGAGAGGAUUACCAAUCCUUGAUUGGCGAGGAAGUGGUCGGGAGCGACCCUUCGGUGCUCUUCUUCUCAAGCGUGACGGGAAAUGUUCUCGGCCACGAGCAACAAAUCCAUUCAAAAUACUGGCGGGACAAUUUGGAAUCACCGGUUCGGUUUCGCGAGGCCAUUACUGCCAUUUUGAAACACGACGUAGGAAGGAAUGCUGUCUUCCUUGAGGUUGGGCCUCACGGUGCUCUCGCAGGUCCACUGAGACAAAUAUUUACUCAGGCUUCUUCCCCUACCCCCUAUGUGUCUGUUAUGGCGCGCAACCAGGAUUGCAGCGCAUCUUUCUUAUCUGCCAUUGGAGCUCUACAUUCGCUCAAUGUUGACGUUGAUCUUAAGGCCCUCUUUCCCGCAGGUUCCUCUCUUUCAGAUCUUCCGCGAUACCCAUGGAAUCACGAAGGCAGCUACUGGUACGAAUCUCGUCUGAGUAAGGAAUGGCGCAGCCGCAGAUUCCCAUAUCAUGACCUUCUUGGUGCAAGGGUGGCUGAGAGCAGUGAUAGUGAACCUGUCUGGCGUAACAUGCUCCACGUUACAAACACACCGUGGAUUCGUGACCACAAGGUCGGGGAUAAUAUUGUCUUCCCGUUCUGUGGCUACAUUGCCUUGGCAGGAGAGGCCAUCAGACAGUUGACCAAUGUUAAGGAGGGAUUCAGCGUCCGAAAUAUCAUUGUCAGCACUGCGCUGGUGCUCAGCGAGGGAAAGCCGACAGAGAUAAUGGCGACAUUUCGGCCACACCGAUUGACGAACUCCCUGAACAGCACAUGGUGGGAGUUCGCCGUGUCUGCAUAUAAUGGGCGCAAUUGGACAAGGCACUGUACAGGGGAGGCCUGCGCUCAGUCAUCGGCACCGGGGAAUGGAGAGGAUCCUGCUGUCUUGCCCCGGAAGCUCAAUACGAGAAAAUGGUAUGAAAAAAUGAGCAAAGGUGGCCUAAACCUGGGACCAUCAUUCCAAACUCUUGAGACGAUGACGACCUCAACUUUAGAGCAGCGGGCUGUUGGCAAUGUCGUCAAUGGAAGGCAGGGGGAUGAAGCCAACUACCACAUCCACCCUACCGUCCUUGAUGCAACCCUGCAGAUCCUGGGUGCUGCAGCAGUCAAGGGCUACGCACGCAAAACCAAAACCUGGCUUCCGACCAGCAUCGAUAAAGUCACCGUCUAUGAGUGCCCCUCAGAUAUGAUUACUAGCGUUUCUGCCAAGCUGUCGAGCAAUUUUUCGGUCGUUGGACAUGGCGUUUGUAUAUCUGAGGGCACGACAGUUGUUGAAGCCGCUGGUAUCCGGAUGUCACUUGCGGAUGGUGCUGGUGCAACGGAUGUUUCAGACACACACGCCGCGUCGAGGUGUGAGUGGAGACCCGAUAUUGACUUCCUAGAUAUCCACGAGCUCUUUCGCGCACCCGUAAGCCGAAGGGACCACUUGCGUCUUCUGGAGGAACUCGGGGACAUCUACCUGCUCCUGUCUCAGUGGAACCUUUCAGAAUUGGGAAGCAAUCCAACUCUGCCACACCUGCAGAAAUAUAUGGCCUGGAUCAUGUCUCAAUCCCGCUCGAUUCCCUUCAGAUUACCUUCAACUUGGACAGGCCUCGACAACGAGGCUAUCUCGGCUCGGCUCGACAAUAUAAUGAGCCAGCUCGCAAACACUACGGCAGCCCCGGUCGCCAGUGCCAUCCGUGAAGUCUGCAUACAAAUAGAUUCCCUCCUUUCCGGCAAAGGCCUAGAUAGUGUCCUGCCGGAGGGAACUCUAACGCACGUUCAUGAAUUUCUCGGACAGCUAGACCGAAUGGAAUUUAUUCAAAAGUUAAGCCAUUCGAAGCCAAACAUCAAAAUCCUCGAGAUUGGAGCUGGAAAUGGCGUGUCGUUGCAUCGUGAUAUCCUCGCCGAAUUGACGCGAAAUAACGGGGAGAUUCUGUGCGCCAAGUACACCUUGACCACCCCAGGCUACGUUGUGGCGACAACCCAAGAGAAGGCAUUCCCAAAUAUGGAAUUCGCCAGCCUGGACAUCAGCGAGGAUCCUUUCGAACAAGGAUUUGACGAAGUCGGGUACGAUCUCAUCAUAGCGGUCAACGCUCUCCAUGAGACCAAAAAUGUCCAGGCAAGCUUGACCAACCUCAGGAAGCUCCUACGUCCCGACGGUAGAUUACUACUGCAAGAGCUUUGCCCGUCAUCCAGAUGGGUCCAGUAUGUGCUCGGCGUGCUACCGACGUCGUGGUCGGGCCCUGUCGACAGGCCAAUUGAGGCGGCCUACCUGCGCAAAGAAGAGUGGGAGACAGAGCUUUCUGCUGCAGGCUUUGGCGAUAUCCAGGCCGUGGCUCUGGAUUCAGAAGAGCCUCACCAAACUACAAUUACUAUGGUCGUAAGGCAGGUCCGUGAAGCACCAAAGAAGAAGGUUACAGUUCUUUCCGAGGAGGAAGGACCUGCUGUCACACACAUCUUGACCCAGCUCGAGAAAGAGGGCUACCAGGUGACCAGAUGCAAACUGGAUGAUGAGCCGCCAGCUGGACAAGAUGUGAUUUCGCUCUUGGACGUCGACCGGCCCUUUUUCCACGAGCUUGAUGAAGCACGCUUCCUUUCAUUCAAGGCCUUCCUCCUUGGCCUUCAAAACCGCGACGCCGGCAUGCUCUGGGCGACUCAUCUGAUCGAUAUAGGAUGCCGUGAUCCACGAUAUGCACAGGUUCUCGGCCUCGCCAGAACUAUCCGUACAGAGCAGCUGGCCAAUUUGGCGACCUGUCAGGUCGACAGCUUCGACAAUCCGAAAUCCGUCGAGCAACUAGUUCAAGUGUUUUCCAAGUUUCAGCUCCGCCAAGGUGACGAGGAGCUCAAUCCCGACUUCGAAUGGGCCAUCUUCAAUGACCGAGUUCAAGUCGCACGCUUCCAUCCUUUCGUCUUGGCCGAUGAGCUUUCAGUCUCGGAAGAUUCGAGCGAGAUGGCCACACUGAAUGUGCGUACGCCAGGGCGGGUCAACAGUCUACAUUACGCGCGUCAUCAACGAAAGGAUAUCGAAAAGGACGAAGUGGAGGUCGAGGUGUACUCCGCCGGUUUGAACUUUCGGGCAAGUUUAUCGACGAGAUUUCUCAGGCUAUAUGGCAUGUUACUGACAGGAGAGAUUAGGAUAUUCUCGUCGCACUGGGCAUUGUUGAAUUGCCGGUCCGCCUCUUCGGAAUCGAAGCCGCAGGCAUCGUCACGCGUGUUGGAGCAGAUGUUAGCCCUGACGACCUUCAAGUAGGCGAUCGGGUCGUUUGCUUUUGCCGGAAAGAUGCCUUCUCGACAUAUACGAUCACACUUGCUGCUGUUUGCGUGCGGAUUCCCGACAGCCUCACCUUUGACCAAGCUGGAACGAUGCUUAUACCGUAUUUUACUGCGAUUCACUCCAUGGUCAACGUCGGACGCGUCACAAAGGGCCAGGUAGGCGACAUAGAAUACCCCAUGAUAAUUGGUGCUAUAGAAGUGCAGUGACUGACCAAACAUC